UCUGUUAUAAUUCUCAAACCCUAAUUUCAUAAAACCCUAAAUUUUAGACCUGUUCUUUUAAUUUUAUUUAUUUGUAGGUAAGGUUGGUGAACUUGUUGUAGGGUUUCAGAAUUGUAUCUAAUCAAAUGGCUCCUAAAGCUGAUUCCACCAAAAAGUCAGACCCUAAGGCUCAAGCCGUCAAAGCUGCCAAGGCUGUCAAGUCAGGAUCAACCUUCAAGAAGAAGUCACAAAAGAUUAGGACAAAAGUCACAUUCCACCGCCCUAAGACUUUGAAGAAGGAUAGAAAUCCCAAGUAUCCUCGUGUUAGUGCACCUGGAAGGAACAAACUUGACCAGUAUGCUAUUCUAAAGUAUCCUCUGACCACCGAGUCUGCGAUGAAGAAGAUUGAAGACAACAACACCCUUGUUUUCAUUGUGGACAUCAAAGCUGAUAAAAAGAAGAUCAAGGAUGCCGUGAAGAAGAUGUAUGACAUUCAGACAAAGAAAAUCAACACUUUGAUCAGGCCUGAUGGUACUAAGAAGGCAUAUGUUAGGUUGACUCCAGACUAUGAUGCUUUGGAUGUUGCCAACAAAAUCGGGAUCAUCUAAAUUAGUCUACCUGUUUAGAAUUUUAUGAGAAUUUAGAAUAUUUUGAUUUGAGUUUCUGGAAACAUUUGAAUGGAAGUGCCUUGUUUUUUGAAUUCUAAAUUUUGCAUUUCAAAGACGUGUUUUGUUCCAUAUUAUAAGAGAAAUGCUCUAAUUUUGUUUCUUAAA